CUUAGGAAGUCCUUACUGAACUAAACUAAAUCUUGGUAUUCUCCAGUUUAAACUGUUAGAGAAUGAGUUAAAAGUAAAAACUUGAAACAUCGUCUCCAACCUCUUGUAUUAUACUCUUUUUGCUUCAAAGAAUAAGCCUAAGAUGAUUUCCACAGCCAUACGAAUUCGCCUGGCUGCUACUAAUGAAGAAUAUUUUACGGAUUUGGCGCCCCCGUACUGUUACUUGCGUGUGGGCCAAGUUCACGUUCCAUGCAAUGCUGACCAGAUAUUUGGACCGGCACACAGCCAAGAAUCAGUGUUUGAAUAUGGAGCGAAGUCACUUAGUAAUAAUUUUUUAAAAGGAAUGAAUGACGUGUCUUACGUCGCUGUCGGCCCCCCGGGAUCAGGCAAGACCUACACCCUGUUUGGCCCCGGAAGCCAACUAACCGACAGCUCUAUCAGUUUUGGCAUCUUUCAAAGAUUUGCCACGCACACAUUCUCGCAGGUUCAGCCUAUGUACUUGGCAGGGGAUGACCCAGCCAUGGUCCUGAAUGUUGCCUUCUUUGAAAUCAGCCCAACUGGUGAACUAAAAGACCUUAUUGACUGUAAAACAGUUCCACUUUUUGACUUGAAAAUCAAGACAGAAAGAAUGAAUCAUUUCAAGUACAUCACUUGCAAAUCCGCCAAGCGGAUGAUUGAUUGCUUGAACCACGCCCUUUCCAAUAGGCAGCAUAUAGGACACAUGGUGGCUGACAUAGUACUAACACAACCCAAUCUAGAGGAUGACUGCAGGCCUGUAACAACGUCAGUCUUGUUUGUUGACGUUGAUAAUCUGCUUUUCAACACGGAAACCCACCAAAUACAGGAGGAUUUACAUAUCCUGACAAGUCUUCUAUCGCAGGCACGAGGAGAGCCUCCUCAAAUCAGCAGAUUUGAGACGCCUCUUUACAGAAUUCUUCAGAAUUUAUUCGAUGGGCAACGCUGUUCACUAAUUUUCUUCUGCAUUUCACCAAGUUUCAAUAGUUGCACUAGUAAUGCGCCGUACAUAGCUCUUCUGUCAAGCAUAUCUGAACUGAAAUACACAAAUGUAAAUCUGAGGACCCAAUGUGAAAAUCAAAGGGAAUCCCAGCAAGAACAUCCCGUCCAAUUGUUAGAGUGUAUAGAAGAAGUAACUGAGAGCGAAGAAGAAAUUGCAAGUUCCAACGGGAAAAUGUCCGAAUCUCUCUCCCAAGACAAUUCCCUGUCUGAAAGUGACAGAGAAGACGGCGAUGUUAAUAUGUGUCAGUUAUCUGAUAAUAAUUUCAGCAAUAGCCUCAACGUCAUGUGUGACAAAUUUAACAUGUUUGUUGACAAAUUUGUUGACAGCUUUAAAGCCAAGACGAGUUUGUCGCCAGUUAAAGAAAGAAAACACGACUAUUCUUCGACAAGGCGAGGAGGGUUGGCUCUGUCGGCAGUUUACCCACCUCUUGUAAAUAUCCCCGUCCAACCAGUCCAAGUAGUUACGAGAGUGGAGAUGGCUCAACCCAUGCCCUAUUAUCAGCAAACGCAAACUGGAGCGGCCGGGGCCAGUAACCAUAGAACUACUGAGACAUCCACUGGUUGUAUCAGAAAAACUACGACCACGGCGCAAAGCAGCCAAACAAGCAAAGAGCGCAAAGAUCAAUCUGGAAAAAAGAGAUGGGAUUUGGAACCACAUGAGUUUGAUGAGUCACAAAUUAGUAAGGAUAAAGAACUACUUGAUUUUGACCUGGAACAUAUAACUCAACGCUUAAAUGAAGAGAAGAAGAGCUUACUAGAUAUCAUGCGCCGCUGGGAAUCUUUUAAAAAUCAGAUGAAAUCUAGUAAAUCAAACGGAAAUGAGCAUUUGGCAAGAACAGUUGAAACUGAAAGGAAAACCAACAUGCAACAGGGGGUGAAAGCGUUGGCAACAACACUCUCAACUAUGAAAUCGAUGUUUAAAGAGGACUUUGAAGGGUCGUCCGAAUUUGACCCAAUGGGGUUCUGCAACUACAUCUGCGACCAUCGACGUUACCGACAUAUGCUAGUGACCAAAAAAAAUGAACUUGAAGCUUGUAUAAAGGACAAAACGGCAACGGAAGAAGAGAUCCGAUACCACAUUUCAGUGGACGAAAUGAUUGCGCUGAUUGACUCCUGCAUAGAGUUUCUUAGCUGUCUGAUGCAAAAUGAACCGAUUGAACAUAAGCUGGCAAAGACUGUUGGUGGGUUUGUAAUGAAGACCAACAUGGAAAAAUUGACGACGUUGGAGGUGAGGCAUCUCUUGUACCAAUACUUCACAAAAGUCGUAGACUUGCGUGAAAAUAGCAAGCAGAUGGAAAACACCAUCAAAGAACUAGAAGGUCGUCUUGACUAUACGACUGAUAAGAUGAAACAAAUGAUGGAUGCCAUAAAUACACUCAGGGCAGAAAAGGCCGGAAGAUUGAUGCAGGAAACACAUCAGCCUCAUCUGGUGACUUUGGAUGGGGAUUCAAGGCAGAGGAGGAUCCCAGAGACCAAAGCCUCCACCAUUCCUGCACAAAAUCUGAACAGGCUUCAAGUAACAAAAGCUCCACCUCCCGCCAAAGUCACUAUUACCCACAACAAAUUGAUCAUAGAAAAAUCAAGCAAGGAAAGGAACUAAAAUAGUCAAUCGAUAGUUCUUUUCUUCGCUUUUGGGAGUCUACUGUUUAUAUAUUUAUUCAUCCCAAGACCAAUGAUACUCCAUUAAUCUAUGUACAUGUUUUUUUUAGGAUAGUUUUGUUUGCCUUUUGGUAAGAUUUCCAAUUUAAUAACUUUUUACCCAUAAAGCACUGAAUUGGACGAGAGCUUCUGUGAGUAAUAUUAAUAUUUUAUACUGUUGAGUCAAAUUAUUUAUUUUUGUAUCCUAAGACUAAUGGUACACCUUGUUUAGGGUAUUUUGUCUGCUCUCUAACAUUAAUACAGGUACUGGUGCUUUGUCAUUUUCUCCAGCCCAUGGCUCCCGAUUGAGACCUAUGACGAACCAAUCAAGAGCUCUUCCUUAUGUGCACAAAUUUUACAGCUUUUCUGAUUAGAGUGCUUGACACUAUCAACACUUUUUAAAUGCCCAUAAAUAUGCCAUUUGUAAGAUCAAUUUUUAGAUUUAAAAUUGCCUGUAAGGAAUUUAUUUUUGAAGACAGAUGUAUAGGAUCCCUUGUUCCCCAAAGCGGUUGCUAUUUUUGAUUUAAUAUACCGGACGUAUCGAACACGCUACAAACUCCACAGCUGCAACAAAUACAUACGUGAAGAGAAACCAAUCAGAACAAACUGGCAGAAAAUGAAAACAAUGGUUCUUUUUAUUAAAGUAAUUUUAUUUGCAAAACCAUUGCAAAUUAAUUCUUGGUUUCUUACAACGCUACGCAACUUAUCAGAGUCAAACUAAUUUAAGAGACAGUGAUUAAUUAAUUAACGUUUUUACAUUUGCAUUUACUUUUGUUAGCGUUGUAGAGUUUUAAGCUUGUAGCGUUUUCGAUAGAUCCGGUAUAUUAAUUCAAAAAUAGCAACUUCUUUGUGGGACACUGUAUAUUAUAAUCGUACAUUUUUAUAAUUAUAAUUUUUUUGUUUACCCGUGCUCGUAUGGACACAAUUAAAGGUAAUUAAUAUUUGCGUUUAAUUCCUUGAAUAUUUACAUGCAAUGCUAAUGAAAAUAAGAAUAAAAAUCAAAAUUUACAACACAAUAGGGUUUGCCAUUUUGAAAAUUGCUGCAUAAUAUUACAAUGUAAUUAAAUAAAUCAAAGAAAAGUAAUUAAUAAUUUGAAUUAAACAAGUUAUAAUAAGCUGGCCUAGCUUUAUAAAACUUAGAUAAUUAUUUCAGGACUGUGCGAAUCCAGAAAUUUUGGGUCGAAAUCUGAACCAUAGCUGUACAGAUUUUAUUGAAUCCAGAUCGAACCCGAAUAUUUUAAUUAGUCCCGAGUUGAAUCCGGGUCAAAUCCGAAUCUCAAAUUUACAGCCAUUAUCGAAUCCGAAUUUCAAAUUUACAAACGUUAUCGAAUCCCAAUUUUUAAACCAGUUCUGAGUUGAAUAUGCUCAAAUCUAUUUGACGUUUUGAAACUAAACAAUUAGACAUAAGUUAGGCCUACCACCUAGGCCUAAGUUACUCGCCAAAAAUGAUGGACUAGGGUACCAAUUUGUGUAGUCUAAAACAUAGGCCCAGCCUAUACACUUCAGUGUUAUUCCUCUACAUAAGCCUAAGUCCGUAUGACCAUUACAAGUUAACAACUCUCAUUGUGAGGUUAAGUUUACUGAGAGCUAAGAUAGAGUUCAAAUGCGACCUAGGCCUAAAUCAUAAGAAUAAGAAUAAGAAUCAUUUAUUCCAUUGAUCUUUUUACAAAGAAAUAGGACACGUCAUAUACCGUACAUUACAAAAUAAUCAUCAAAAUACAAUAAAUACAAUCAAGUUUCUGAUACAUCAAAAUAUUAUAUAUAUAUAAUAUUUUGAUAACACUAAGUUAUACUAUAAUUUUAACCCAUUGCAACUUAGGCAAUAUCCUACCUUACAUCUAUAAAUUCAAAAACAAACAAGCUAAAGACAAACUAACUUAACUUUUAUUUGUGGAGACCCUGAAGAACUUCAUAGGCCUAUUAAAAUAUGAAAAAGAUUGAAGGUGAUAACGCUUGUCUGGGUAAUUACCGGGAAAGUUUUUUUUUACACUAGGCCUAGAGGCCUACUUGAAUGUGGCUAUCUUUACCGGUAUGUCAUAUUUUCCAUUUAAUCAAGAAUCAAUAUUUAUUCCAUUAGGCAUGUACAUGCAUUUGGAUAUGUCAAUAAAGUUGAUUACAUGCUGCAAAAACACAAGUAAAAGAUAAAUUACAGUACAUUAACAAAUAAGGCAUAAACAAAAUAAUAAAAUAGAUACAAAGGUCAUCAAUCAGAAGUGCAUCAUGAAAUCAGAACUAUAAAUUAGAUUUAUAGAGUAGGAGUAACACUUUUAUUCUAAAACAUAGGCCAAAUAAAAAAUCUCAGUUUAACGUAUAACAAUUAUAAAUUUAUUUAUUUAGUUAUGGUAGUCUGCUAGUGUUCAUUUUUGUCAUACUGAUGAGUGAUGCUGAUGCUGUCCCGUUCCCGUUGUCGUAAUACCAAGUCACUCAAGACUCAAACUCCACUUAUAAAACUACCAGUGCGAUGUAUGAUAUACAAUCUACUGAAGGAAAAUGCAUUUUGCUGGGUUAGUCGUCAGCUGGGUGCUUUAGUGCUUUUGUUUUGUAUCUUCGAAUGCUGGACCCAAUAUUUCGAAUCCCAACUCAGAUCUCUUUCCGGUAAAUUGGAAUAUCGAAUCCGAACCCAGUUCUCUUUCCGGUAAAUUUGAAUAUCGAUACCGAAUCCGAAUACUGUUAGAAACAGUUAAUUCGCUCUCGAACCCGAAUCAAAUCCCUAAAAAGAUUUCGGAUUUGAUUUGUUUUUCAAACUAUUCGCACAGCCGUGAUUUAUUUGUAUAAAAACCUAGUCUUUAGUUGAACUAGGUUUGUGCUUACAAUACUGUAAAUAAAAUACAUUUGUUUAUGCAAAGUCAUUUGCCUUUACUUAAUACCUAGAAUAAGCCAAGAAAUGUGAUGUUGUAUUAAGACUGUUGCCUUAUGUUACCUGUUAUAGUAUUAAUUAGUCAUUAUAUAAAUGUAGGUUAAAUUGUGGCAAUAACAUCUUUUAUACAACAAGUUUCAAUUUUUUACUCAAUUACACAUUUACCUGCAAUGUACUUUUUUCAACUUAUGUGAGAAGGUUAAUUAAAUGCUUUAUGACUAUUUAGAAGUAAUUUAUUUCAUAGUAAGUUUAAAAGGGUUGUGAAGUUAAAUUUUACUUUGUGUUGUGUAAAGACAUUUGUCAACAUAAUAUAUGGAAAACCUUACUGUUCAAGACGACAUUAACUUAACAUUUCUCUUCCAAGGUUUUGUUACUUUUGAAGUACAUGACAACAAAAAUAAUGUUUUGUCAUGAUUUUUAUGUUAAAUAGCCCCUAUAACAUCACUUCUAAGACUUGAUUGUUUUCCAGCUUAUAUUCCUGAACAAUUAGAGAAAUUGUUAAUGUAAUGUAUGUUAAAAUUUAUAUUGCUAUUUUCUCACU